AUGGGCAGACAAGCCCCACAUCGGAACCCACACGGAACAACACCCACCCCAACGACACGGAACACGCUGGCAACCCCCACGACCACGAAUACAACCACGGCAACGACACGGAACACGCUGGCAACCCCCACGACCACGAAUACAACCACGGCAACGACACGGAACACGCUGGCGACCCCUACGACCACAAAUAGGACCAUUACAUCAACACGGCAAACAUUGGCAACAUCAACGACAAAGGAAACGACACGGCAAGCAACGGACAACGAAGAACGACCCCCCAUGCCCAGGACAACGACCGGCACAAAAAGGCACCAACUGGCAGAUCAUCAGCGUCCGCAAACAAAAUGGGUAACCCCGCGGCGGCUCUCGGCUCUAGACUUUCCCGGAGUGAAGCCGAUCAACUUAUCGGAGGAAAGCGAGGAGGAAUGGGAGCCAAAACCACGGGGCCGCGAGGAGCACCUGAAACGCGUGGAGGAAGCGGUCGUGCGUCUGAAGGCAACCUGGCGGAGCGGAAACCGCAAGACAACACUGGUGGUCUCGGACAACCACACAACCCGCAUCCGCAUCGGCAGAGACGGACACGUACACACCAACACCAACGAGACGCCAGUGUCUUAA